GUCCACCCUCAACCACGGAUUAUGCGGCCUAUCGAGGCCCCGGGUUUCGGAGCCCAGCCAUUUGGGCCUGACUCACAAGAAGAUAGGCCCAAUCUCUUACAACGGCGAAUCAUCGAAACAGCAGCGAGCUCAUUCUCAGCUCAGCCUCAGCAGCUGCAGCAGUGUCACCGAGAGAAGCCAGCGGAAUUUUUGCAGGGAGAGAGGUCGAGGUUUAGGGUUUUCGAAGGCCUCACAGUCACUGGUCUGCAACAGACGGAGCAAGGAACGGAAGAAGUAGGAAUCAAAAGGGAGCCGGGAAAGCUGAAGAGAUGAAGUCGGUGGUGGGAGUCGUCGUUUCCAACAAGAUGCAGAAAUCGGUGGUGGUCGCCGUCGACAGACUGUUCCACAACAAGGUCUACAAUCGCUACGUCAAACGUACCUCCAAGUUCAUGGCCCACGACGAGAAAGACGCCUGCAACAUUGGAGACCGAGUGAAAUUGGAUCCUUCGAGGCCAUUGAGCAAGCAUAAGCGUUGGGUUGUUGCUGACAUUCUGAAGAAAGCACGGAUAUACGUUCCUCCUUCUGCUGCUAAUCAGACUGCAUCAACAGCUUCAUCUGAACUUCCAGCGUCUUCAACCUCUUAAGGUGAGAAAACGAACAAUCUCUUUGCUAAGUUGCCUGCCUCACACCCUGGCUAAGGGAAGUUGAAAGACAAUUCCCUAACUAGGCUUUAGAUGUAGCAUAAUCAAUGAAAAGGAUGGAGCUUAGUUAGUUCUGGUGUUUCUCAAUGUCACCUGAGUGCAUUUUGUGCGGAAACAUAUUGCUCCUGUGCUUGUUAACUUGAAAUCUCAAUGCUUUUAAUUGUUCGGACUAAAGACAAGAGCAAUUUAAGUAAACAUUGUAUGUUCAUUAGCAAAUUUGGUUCUCAGAGGAUCCUAACUGAUAUGGGGUGCAUAAUUCAGUGUAUUUGAUUGAGGUGGGUUCUUUGAUUUCCAUAAUUUCCUUAGUGGAGUUCUCUUUCAUACACGAGGUGGGGCCACGCAGAAGCAGGCUUCACCUGCACAGUAAGACUCAUCGUUCCUUCCGUCGUUUUCGGUUUUCUAUGAGUGUUUUGAGAUUAUUUGCCGAUCUUCAGUCAUCUUUUGUCUUUCUGUUUUGGUUUGUUCAACAGUAUUCAUGGUCAUCCAUUGAACCAUGCCAUUGUUCUUGGUAACAGGCCAUAUAUAAUGUCCAAGACAUCAAGAAGGCUUCAAAGAAAAUCAUUUAGGUGACACAAUCUCAGAUUUGCUCACGGUGAAGAUUUUCUUGCCGUUGAGGAUUGUUGUCUGGGUUUAAAAUUGAUUAGCAUUUACGAGACUUGUUGGUUCUUGAAUUUGAGGAAAAGAGGGACUCAUGAUUUAGUUUACAGCCCAUUUUGUAUGAUAUGCUGACUAGAUUUCCAAAUGAAUCUGUUUUUUUCUUUUUCUAGUCAACUUCCUGGUGGCCUUUCCUAUUGCCUUUAUGUCUGCAAGUGAUCUUUUUUCCACGAAACAGACAAGUUGUUUUCAAUGCUUUUCUUAUAAAGGAGGUUAAAUUUU